CCUUCAAUUAACAGCUAUAAACCGUUAAUAUGUUCGUAUUUGUUAAACUCUUGUACCCACGCACACCCCUUCUUCUUCUUCUUCCUCUCUCUCCCCCGCCUCCUUUCCACCCUCCAUCUGAGACUUCAGAUCUGCUAAUUUCUUAAAUUUCUUGUUUUCAAAACCUUGUUACCAUCAUCAUUCGAUUUUAAUUCCGGAAAACAUGGUGGGAUGAAUGGGUGUGGUUUUGUAAGGGGGAUAAAAUUGAUAUUUCACAUUCACUUGUGCCAUCAUCCCGUUCAAAGAAUCUGACAAUUAGAACUUCUGAGUUUUCUGUUUGUUCGGCGACAGAUACGGUGACUCAAUAACAUUCCCUCUCUCACCGUCGUCGACUCACCGCCGUUACACUCCGACGCAAGAGCACCUCAGUCAGAGAACGCAACGCCAUUGCACUUCUCUUUCAUUUUUCAUUCGCCGGCAGAGAAGAAGAAAAUGGGGGCAUUGAAGGGGUUGUUGAAGAAAGGUUUAGGAGAAAUGGACUUCAACACCGGCGGAGGACUCAUCAAUUGGUUCCCAGGACACAUGGCAGCCGCCACACGCGCCAUCCGUAACCGGCUUAAACUUGCCGACCUCGUCAUCGAAGUCAGAGACGCUCGUAUUCCUAUUUCCUCCAUCAAUUCUGAUCUUCAACCUCACCUGUCGUUGAAACGACGUGUCGUUGCACUCAACAAAAAAGACUUAGCCAACCCCAACAUCAUGCAUAAAUGGGUGAAUUAUUUUGAGUCGUGUAAGCAAGAUUGCAUUCCUAUAAAUGCUCAUAGUAAAAGUUCUGUUACGAAGCUUCUGGAACUUGUGGAGUUGAAAUUGAAGGAAGCGAUUUCGAAGGAACCUACUUUACUUGUUAUGGUGGUUGGUGUUCCUAAUGUUGGCAAAUCUUGUUUGAUUAAUUCCAUUCAUCAAAUUGCACAUUCUCGCUUUCCCGUGCAGGAGAAGAUGAAGCGAGCUGCUGUGGGUCCACUACCUGGUGUCACUCAAGAUAUUGCAGGGUUUAAGAUAGCAAACAAGCCAAGCAUAUACGUACUAGAUACCCCCGGGGUUCUGGUUCCAAGUAUCUCAGACAUAGAGACAGGGUUAAAGCUUGCUCUUGCAGGGUCUGUUAAAGAUUCAGUGGUGGGUGAGGAGCGUAUUGCUCAGUACUUAUUGGCAGUUUUAAAUACCCGGGGUACUCCACUUCACUGGAAACACAUAAACAACAGGCGAGUUGAUGGGAUUACAUAUGAAGCCAAGGAAAAUGAUCGAUACAACCUGAAAAAUCUCAAGCAAAGGAGAGGUUCGCCUAAUAGAUCUGACAUAGUAUAUGUGGAGGAUGUUGUGGUGGGAGUUCAGAAUGCACUCUAUUCGACUCUAGCAGAAUUCGACGGCAACGUAGAAGAUGAGAGUGACUUGGAGAACCUGAUUGACCAGCAGUUUGGUACACUGCAGAAGGCAUUAAAGAUACCUCACAAGGCUUCAGAAGCACGUUUAAUGGUAUCCAAAAAGUUCCUUACUCUAUUCAGGGCUGGUAAACUAGGACCUUUUAUUCUUGAUGAUGUCCCCGAUGCCAAACCUGUAUAAAACGAUAUAUAUGAUUCCUCUUAUUUGUCUUCCACAUGUUUAGGCAAAUUUUGCUGUAACUUGCAAAUAACCAUGGAUUUAGCAAUAGAUUAAGCUUCUUUCCCG